CCUAAGGACCCCUAGUGGUUUGUUUAUGGAAACAAAAAGGAAGCUGUUUGCUUCACAGUCAGUGCGGCUCCGGUGAGAAUGAAGAGUUCAGCAGGAGCAGCAGCAGCACGAUCACAUGUGUUUCUCGAACAAAAGCGAAGAAAAUGAGGAUUUUUGACAAAUAACUUGCCUGAAAUCGACGGAUUGGGAUGUAUCCGGAUACAAGAGAUGGUUUGUUGCCGCUGCACUGAUUAAAAACAAGUAACAAACUGAAGCGGAGUGACUGAAACGAUGAUGAACACAGGCGUCCAAAAGCCACCUGUGGCCCCAAAGCCAAAUCUGGCCCAGCUCCAGAGGUCAGGGCUGUCCCCCUCAACCCCCAGAAGAAACCUGUCGAUCCCAUCUCCUGGCACGGCGAGGAGGGUUAAACCAGUACUGGCCCCCAAACCCUGCCUCUCCAAACUCGCCACUGCUGUGGAAUCCAAACCACUUGCUUCAAAGAACAUGCUCCAAACAUCUGUAACAGAUACCCCACGGAUCGAAGGUCUUCUUAACUCCCAAAAUGGAAUACAGCAAGAGAACAAAAAGCCAGAUUGGGACUAUAUUAUUCCUAUUUGUCUAUGCAGCCAGGAAAACUGCUUGUGCAUCAGGAACACGUCAGCAAACAAAAAGCUUCCCUCUACGUCUCAAAGUAACAUCGGAGGGAAAACAGUGAUGAGCACUUCCAGCAAUACCCACCUCACAAACUAUAAACCUCUUCAUGAAACAUUUACGUUAGACAGAAAUCUCAACACAGACGUCAAUAUCUCCAGUCCUGAUGUGACUGUAAGGUCGUCCCUUCCUCACAGAACAUGGAGCGAUGAGGUAAAUGGUAACAUAAUCACUCAGAGUGCACCUGGGCGAGGACCAGAGGAAGAUGCUCUUGGCUCAGAGCAAAUAUCUUCUGUGCCCCUGCCUAAACCAGUCCCAGCAGCCUCGAGGAAGCCCAUCCCUGUCCCCGUGCCACGGAAACCCAGGAUGGCUGUGCUGGCCCGCCAGGAAAAGGUGGAGGAGGAGAGUGGAGAGAUUUUAAGUCCAGAAGGGAGGGAAAUGGACGUCAAAGAGGUGAAGGUGUCACCAAAGGGGAAAGACAGCUCAUCACUGUCUGUCAGUGUACCUGUUAGUAACGAGCAGCCAGUUAAUCUGUCUGUGAGGAAAGCUUUCACUCAGCCAGCUCCUCCGCCCAGGAAAAAGCCUCUCCUCUCUGCACCUGAGAAAGCACCAACCUCUGCUCCUCCAAAGGAUGUGGAGGAGGAGGACCUGGGCUGGGACACAGGCAUCCAGGAGAUGGAGGUAUCUGUAGACAAGGAGGAUGAGGAGGUGGAGAAGGAGGGAGCGCUUGAUGAGGAGGCAGUCUACAGCGACUUCACGCAUAGUCCUCCUUCUAGCAGUCAACCGGAGCUCAGCCAGCCUCCUGCGGUCCCGGUGGAAGCAGAGCACGGGGUGAAAGUAGCUCCGAAGAAGCCCAAGAGACACAGCAGCCCGAUGGCAUGGAUGCAGAGGAAGGAAUCCUCUGAGGAGAAGGAAGAGUGGAAACUAGGAGGUGAGGAGAAAAGGCAGGCCGAUUGUGUUAUGAAGGAGAGAGUGAUGAAGGAGCUGCCUUCGCCUCCAAACGAGAACACGAGCAGGAAACUGUUAACACCUGGAAUCACCAAGCCUUCUCGGUCCAGCAAACAGAGAGCCAAGUCGUUUUCCGGUGCUGACCUCCUCCGCUCCGAAGGACAGAAAAGGAACUCUUUCCGGAAACUGCUGGACUUGAAGCUGUCUGUAAAGAUGCUCCCAAAGCUGAUAGUGAAAGGAGGCCAGAGCCCAGACUGCUCUGCGAAUGAUAAUGAACAAAGUGUGGACCAAGACGGGAGUCAAGACUUUCACGAGUGCCUCAGGGCUCAACGUAAAUUCUCCUGCCCACUGAUAGGAGUAGAGCAAAGCGUAGAUGGAGAUGAGUUUUCUGCUGGAGCAGAACAGGAGCUGUACUACGAGAACAUGCCGCACUAUGAGGAGAUACCAGAUUACAUGAAUGUGCAUUUAGCACGGUCUCCUCAGGCCUCCACGUCUGAGGCUUCAGCCUGGCAGAGCUCGAUGUAUAAUGAUGAGGGCAUUUAUGAAGAGCAGGAGCCGUAUAUGUCCUUUGAGAAAAACACUGAACACCAGCAGCGUGAGACGUCAACAGACUAUGAGAGAAGCUCUGUCGACGAGGAGGUGACGCCCCUGGAUGAUGGCCCAUCGGAUGAUGACGUCUUGGUCAACACCACAGAGGACGAGGAUGAUAGCAGCUCCGUCUCAAGUAAAGGAGACAAUGAGCAGCCAGAGGAGACAACGGCGCAGAGUGAAAAGAAGAAGAGCAAGAUUCACCACAUUGCCACAGAAAUCAUGAGCUCUGAGAGUGUGUUUGUUGAUGUCCUGAAGCUGCUUCAUGUUGACUUCCGUGAUGCUGCGUCUACGGCGUCUCGUCAGAGUGGGAAGCCUGUGAUUGAGGAGCGUCUUCUCAACCAGAUUCUGUACUACCUGCCGCAGCUCUACGAACUCAACCAAGACCUGCUCAGAGAGCUGAAGCAGAGAGUGGCCAAAUGGGACGAGAAUGCCCAGCUCGCAGACAUUUUCCUAAAGAAAGGGCCCUAUCUGAAGAUGUAUUCUACAUACAUCCGCGAGUUCGACAAGAAUGUGGCUCUACUGGAAGAGCAGACGAAGAAGAACCCGGCGUUCGGUGCAGUGGUACGGGAAUUUGAGGCCAGUCCACGCUGUGCCAACUUGGCUCUGAAGCAUUACCUCCUGAAGCCUGUUCAGAGGAUUCCGCAGUAUCAGCUGCUGCUCACGGACUAUCUAAAAAACCUGUCUGAAGUCUCAGAUGAUUAUAAGGACACACAAGCUGCUCUUGUGAUAGUGAAAGAGGUGGCCAAUCAUGCCAACGAUAUCAUGAAACAAGGGGACAACUUCCAGAAGCUGAUCCAAGUGCAGUGCAGCCUGAACGGCCACCAUGAGAUAGUCCAACCUGGGCGGAUCUUCCUGAAAGAGGGCAUCCUGAAAAAGCUAUCCAGGAAGGUCAUGCAGCCCAGAAUGUUCUUCCUGUUUAAUGAUACUUUGCUGUACACCACGCCGGUUCAGUCGGGCCAGUACAAAGUCAACAACAUGUUGUCGCUGGCUGGGAUGAAGGUUAGCAAACCAAGCCAAGAAGCCUUUCAGAACGAACUGAAGAUCGAGAGCGUGGAGCGCUCCUUCAUUCUCUCAGCGAGCUCUGCCACAGAGCGAGAUGAAUGGCUUGAGGCUAUUUCCACAGCAAUCAGUGACUACACCAGGAAGAAGAUCAGUUUUAUAUCUGGCAAGCCUCUAGAAGAGGUAGAGCUGAGGGAUUCUGAUGAUGGAGUUCCUCUGGGUUCCAAAGCCCCGAUAUGGAUCCCUGACCCACGGACCACCAUGUGUAUGAUCUGCACCUGUGAGUUCACCCUGACAUGGAGGAGACAUCACUGCCGCGCAUGUGGAAAGGUGGUGUGUCAGUCUUGCUCCUCCAACAAAUACCCCCUUGAAUACCUAAAGAACCAGUUAGCAAGAGUUUGUGACCAGUGUUUCCCUGUUCUUCAGCAGCAGAAAAGCGAACGAGCCCUCUCUGCCGUAUCUCCUGGAAAUAGAGCUACUUUUGCUUUCUCCAGGAGGCAGAAGAAGAUACCUGCAGCCCUCAAAUUGGUGACAGCAAGCACAGACAACUACUCCAUGAGUGGGUAUCUGCAGAGGUCAAAGGGCAACAAGAAGCAGGGGAAAAGGCUGUGGUUUGUUAUCAAAGACAAGGUUCUGUACACGUACGCUGCAAGUGAGGACGUUGCAGCCUUAGAGAGUCAGCCCCUGUUAGGGUUUAUGCUGAAAGUCGAUUCAUCGCAGAAGUUGCAGUUUAAGCUUUACCACAAAAACACUCUUUACUACAUUUUUAAAGCAGAGGAUGUCCAAACAGCACAAAGAUGGAUCGACUCCUUCAAAGAAGCCACGGUGCUUUAAUGUGGGUGUAGCUGUUCAACAAACCUGUUUUUACAAGUUUUACCUCAGUGCUCUCUGAAUUCUGCACAAAGCAUCUGGAGACACCAUAUUAGUUGCACUGAAAUACAAUCCAAAUGCAUUAUCUUAUUGCUUUUAUCACGCAUACUGUAGUUAACCUUUUACAUUGUUAGGAAUUAGCCAUCCUAGUUUUGUGUGUUAACAACGAUCUUUUCCACAAGGAUUUAUGCUGUUUUGUCUGCAAUUUUAGAAUAUAAUGCCACAAUCAUUAUGUAGCUCUUUUAUUUUUUCC